ACUGCGCGUGCCUUCCCAGAAGAAGCGCUUCUCUGUAUGCAGGAUAGCGGAUAAAGUAAUUCCGCACCCGCCGCUGUCGACAUGCAUUAAUGAAGUGAAUGAAGAUUCGAGGCCAGGAAUGAGAUUUGAGGUGCGGACAAACGGGACGAUGCGGGUUCAACACAGGAUUGAACUAAAAAACUUAAGGUUGCUAAUAUUCUCUCUGACAAUCUGCAUUCUUCUGACGUCUGAAGUGCAAGCGGGUGGUAAGAAGUACAGCGGGCCAUGUGGGGGCAGAGACUGCAGUGGAGGAUGCAAGUGCUUUCCUGAGAAGGGCGCGCGGGGUCAGCCAGGACCCCUUGGCCCACAGGGCCCUUUGGGUCCCCCGGGGCAAGCAGGGGAGGCGGGUGUUCCUGGCCCCAAAGGAGAGAAGGGAGAUCAGGGGCGGGGCGGCGUCAUCGGACCCAAGGGCGCAGUGGGAAUGACGGGCGUACCGGGGUUCACUGGAGCGGAUGGGAUUCCGGGCCACCCAGGACAAGCAGGGCCUCGUGGGAAACCGGGCGCAGAUGGAUGCAAUGGAACACAGGGAGACGCAGGGUUACCAGGGCAGUCAGGCUACCCCGGCCCGCCGGGCUUCCCAGGUCCGAAUGGCAGGAAGGGCGAGAAGGGCGAUUCUCUGGAGCUCAGUGUGUUCAUGGAGCGAUUUCGGGGAGAACCAGGUGACAGAGGCUUUCCGGGGUUUGCUGGCCCUCGGGGUAAUCCAGGUUGGAUGGGCAACAGCGGUGCGGCUGGUCCACAGGGUCCCCGUGGACCUCCAGGCCCCAAAGGACAAAAGGGCACCAUGACCGUAAUUCUAAAGGGAGUCAAAGGAGAUCCGGGGGAUGCAGGAGAGCCAGGCCCCCCCGGCAACACCACCUAUCCCCACACCUCUCCCCAGUCAGGGCUACCCGGCAAUAAAGGUGAAAAGGGUUUAAAAGGCGAACGUGGAGAUUUGGCUGAUAACAAAGGAGAAGAUGGUGUGGCGGGGUUUCCAGGGAUACGGGGAAGUCCAGGAUUGGAUGGGCAGCCAGGAGAGAGGGGGGAUAUAGGUGAACCAGGAGCCCAAGGAUUGGAUGGACUGAAGGGUGAGAGGGGAGACCCAGGAGAGGUGCUAUCCAUCGGAGGCCGGUUUAAUGUGGGGCCUGCGGGUCCUCCUGGAGAGCCUGGACCCCAGGGAGAGAGGGGGGAUCAGGGGGACAAGGGCCUCCCAGGACCCCCAGGACUUCCAGCACAGCCCAGCAGUCAGCAGAGUGUGUUGGACUUUAUCCUGUUUGGCCCGAAGGGACAGAAGGGGGAGAAGGGUCCUCCGGGUGACUCAGGGUCACCCGCACAGCAGCCUGGCAGGCCCGGUUUUGAUGGGUUGCCUGGUUCUCGUGGGCCUGCAGGGCCCAAAGGAUCCUGGGAAGACGAGUUUCGAGGACCGCAAGGUGAAAGAGGAAGACCAGGUCCUGCGGGUAUAAAAGGAAACACAGGGGAUGCGGGUUUGUGUGAGUGCAACGUCAUCAACUCUCUGCCUGGACCCCCCGGACCGGCCGGCCUACAGGGUACUCCAGGCAUGACGGGCGAGUGGGGACAACAGGGCGACCAAGGCGAGACCGGGCCAAAGGGGAUGUCUGGAUUACCCGGGUUCCCAGGACAGGAGGGUCCCCCAGGUCCCAAAGGGAGGAAAGGGGAUGCCAGGGAAGCCACUGAGAAAGGAUCAGCUGGAGAUCCAGGAGGCCCUGGCCCAGAAGGUGCACAUGGAGCAAAAGGAUUACCUGGGCCUCCUGGAGUGACAGGAGCCCCUGGACUGCGUGGGCCCCAGGGGGAAGGCCCUGUCGGUUCUCCAGGAGAUCAGGGUUUCCCUGGACGUCCGGGUCAGCGUGGGCCGCCAGGGCUGGUAGGGGAACCAGGUGCAGUGCUGGGUGCAGAGAAGGGGCUCCCGGGCCUCCCUGGUGAUUCUGGUUUCGAUGGUUUCACUGGAUCUCCUGGACCCCGCGGUGCACAAGGAGGCUGUGUUCUGGAAGGAGAUGGGGUAAAGAGAGAUCCAGAAGGAGAGUGUGAUCCAGUCCCAGGGCCUCCUGGUGAACCAGGCCUACCUGGGCCUGCUGGGCUGGAUGGUUUUCAAGGUGUGCCAGGUCUUAAAGGGAUGCAGGGGUUGCCUGGAGAAGAGGGACUUAAAGGCGAGAGGGGAGAGCAGGGCCGAGGAGGGCCUCCAGGACCACUUGGUUUUGUGGGACCACGUGGAGAAGGGGGUGAGCCUGGGGGUAAGGGGUUAGAUGGACCACCAGGGCCCCCAGGUUUUCCUGGUCAGGAUGGAGAAGUGGGGCAGAAAGGUGUUCAUGGGGAGAUCUUAGGGGCGUCACCUGGGCCCCCUGGAGAGCAGGGUCCCCCUGGUCUUCGAGGUACCACAGGCUUCAGAGGAGACCCUGGCAUACCAGGGUACGAAGGGAUGGAGGGCAUGCCUGGUAUCCCUGGACACAAGGGAGACAUGGGUCCUCCCGGCCUGCAGGGGGAGAUAGGGAGACCAGGGCCCGCAGGAAAGUAUGGCUACCCAGGACUUCCAGGACUGGCAGGGCUCACAGGUCCCCCAGGGUCCGCUGGUGUACCAGGUUUCCCUGGAAGCAGAGGAGAUCAGGGAGACUCUGGCCCUCCCGGUCCCUCUGGGAUGAAAGGGACACCAGGUGAACUAGGUGAUGUGGGUCCCAGGGGCAACAUCGGGCAGCUGGGUGACCCAGGCAACCCAGGUCCAGUGGGCUUUUCUGGUGUUCCUGGGUUCAAAGGAGCUAAAGGCUCGCAGGGCAUGUCAGGCUUUCCUGGGCAGAGGGGCUCCCAGGGGCUACCAGGAUUCCCAGGACUGAGAGGAGAGAUUGGGUUGCCUGGCAUUGUUGGAGAGAAAGGUGCUAUGGGAAAACAUGGUGAAAAGGGUGACCGAGGGCUGGUGGGGCCCCCCGGUGCCAAGCCGUAUAUCCCCAGACAGGUGAUCGUAGAGAUGAAGGGGGCCAAGGGCGAUCAUGGCAAACCAGGGGAGCACGGCUUCACCGGUCCCAGAGGCCCCAAAGGGUUACCCGGUAUUCCGGGAAUAAUUGGAUCCGAUGGCAUGCCAGGAGAACCCAGCGACGUGAAGGGGGAUACGGGUUCACCGGGGGCGCAAGGUCUGCCAGGACCCAAGGGGUUGUCUGGCCCUACAGGACCCCCCGGCAUCUCCGGCUUUCCAGGGAUGACCGGACAUAGGGGAGAUAAAGGCACACCAGGAGCCUAUGGCUUCCCUGGAGAUCCAGGCCUGAAGGGGCGCAAAGGUGAGCUUGGCCCAAUCAUUGACCUACCUGGCUCCACAGGCCUAAGAGGGCAGUCUGGUCUUCCAGGGCCUCCUGGGAUCAAGGGUCUUUUAGGCCAUACAGGAGACAGGGGUAGCCCUGGUUUUGAUGGUAUUGGUGGCAUGAAAGGAGGAAAGGGUGAGGCUGGCACAGAGGGACCACCAGGGUAUGAUGGGAAAAGUGGCUCUCCAGGAAACCAGGGGGAGAAGGGGUGGCCUGGAACACCCGGAGAGACGGGGAGCAGAGGAGUUCCUGGUACCCCAGGGCACAGAGGGUUUCCUGGUCUAAAGGGGAUCUUUGGACUGCAUGGUCUGAAAGGGCAGAAAGGGUUCCCUGGAACGUCAGGUGUGGACAACUGGGGACCUCCGGGUGACCCUGGCACAAAGGGAGAGAGAGGAGAGCCAGGGAUCCUCAACGCAGACUUUGGAAUACCUGGGUCCCCGGGGCUGAGGGGCUUUAAAGGAGAACCAGGCAAUGAAGGCCCACCUGGCCCACCAGGAUUUCAGGGCCCGCAGGGGGUCCAGGGAGAACCUGGUGCUGCGGGCUCAGUGGGCGACCCUGGGCCCCCAGGACCCAAAGGAUUUCAAGGUUUCCCUGGUGUCCAAGGGGUUCCUGGUGUUCCUUCGCCAUUUGGUGCCAAGGGUGACAAGGGUCCUCCUGGAUUUUUUGGGCCGCAGGGGCUCAAAGGCAGCCAAGGGGAUCUGGGGCUUCCGGGCUUUCCAGGAGAACAUGGAGUGGCAGGGAGGAAAGGUGUGAAAGGAGAGCCAGGGAUGAUGGGAACUCCUGGGAGGCGUGGUCUCCAAGGUGACAGAGGACCCGUUGGCCCAAAAGGAAACACUGGACCUCCAGGUUUUCCAGGGGCUCCUGGAUCUCAGGGCUUACCACCCAUUCCAUCCAAGUACCCAGGGGAGACAGGUCCCCCCGGCCCGCGAGGAAUUCGCGGGCCUACAGGUGGUAAGGGGGAGCCUGGUCCCCAGGGCCUACCUGGAGACUCAGGGUACCCCGGCCCACAAGGGCAGAAAGGCAUGCCGGGAGUAAGCGGCAUGCCAGGGACACCAGGUUACCGUGGGGACAGAGGACCGACUGGACACCAGGGUCUCCAGGGCCUUGAAGGAAACCCUGGGCGUCCAGGUAUACCCGGUAUCCCCGGGAUGCCAGGCCGCAGUGUCAGUGUUGGGUACCUGCUGGUGAAGCACAGCCAAUCAGAUCAGACGCCCAUGUGCCCGGUGGGCAUGUCCAAGCUGUGGGACGGGUACAGCCUGCUGUACUUUGAGGGCCAGGAGAAAGCACACAACCAGGACCUGGGCCUGGCUGGGUCCUGCCUGCCACGCUUCAACACCAUGCCCUUCCUCUACUGCAACCCUGGGGACCUGUGCUACUACGCCAGCCGCAACGACAAAUCCUACUGGCUGUCCACCACCGCCCCAAUUCCCAUGAUGCCUGUGGAGGAGGCAGACAUCAAGCCCUACAUCAGCCGCUGCUCCGUGUGUGAGGCGCCCUCAGUGGCCAUCGCUGUCCACAGUCAGGACAUCACUAUCCCACAAUGCCCUGCAGGCUGGCGCAGUCUGUGGAUUGGCUACUCCUUCCUCAUGCACACGGCAGCUGGGGAUGAGGGCGGAGGCCAGUCCCUGGUGUCACCGGGUUCCUGCCUGGAGGACUUCCGCACCACACCCUUCAUUGAGUGCAAUGGGGCCAAGGGGACCUGCCACUACUUUGCCAACAAGCACAGCUUCUGGCUGACCUCCAUUGAGCAGUCCUUCCAGACCUCGCCAGGCGCCGAGACGCUGAAGGCAGGCCAGCUCCUGUCCCGGAUCAGCCGCUGCCAGGUGUGCAUGAAGAACCUGUGACCCAAGAGCUGACCCCCACCCCCAUCCUGGCUGAGGAACUGUAAAAAAAUUACAUGCCCCAGGAAGACAAUAGGGCCCAAAAUAAAUGUCUGAGUCUGCAAAAGAAAGGACAUUCUCUGGCCUGAAUUUACAUUUGAGAUGGUGCUUCAUAUUGGUAUUCUCUAACUUAUUACCUCAGUUACACCGUGCUUCACUGAUAAACUCAAGAGCAUACAGAUCAGCCAAAAAUGUCUGCGUUUUAUGCACUGCUAUGGAUUUUUAUGUUUUUUUUUACUUUUUAUGAUUCUUUUCCUCAUGUUUUAUUCAGAAGUAUACACAGCACAUACAUUUAACUCUUAUUUGUCAAUUAUUUGUUUUAUAACAAAUAACAAUUGUAAAUGAUGCUAUUAACACAGUCUUUCUACAGGUUGUAAAUUAUACUUGGUUUAGAGGUCUUGAAGUGAGAUUGUAUAGUGCACUAAAGCUCCACGCCACUCUGUUAGCAGUAUGUGAAGCCUGAGUUUCAGUUGGCAUGCAGGUAUGGUUCAGCUCAAAGAAUCACUGUAAUAUUAGAAGAGCUGAGCAGUUAGUCCCUCUCCAUUUGACAAGACAUGGCCCAUGAUGCAGUGCGUCUGAAUUUCUCAUACUGUGUCCUCACCAUGAUCAGCAUCAACAGCACAGUAAUAGCCCCCUGCAUUACUUUACCAGUGAUCAGUGUCCAGUGAGUAAUUUAUACUACACAUGACACUGCUGGACAUUCGAGCGAGAGGAUGAUUUGAUGAGAAGAGUAGAAGAAAGAAGUGCACUUUUUGAGACAGCAGCCUGUGUAUCAGUGGUCUGACCACAGCAGAUGGUCAGCAGGACCAUGCUGAUGUGAGCCUAUCAGGGAGUGAAAAACAUGAGCGCAGCUGUUGAACACACUACGGUGAGUUUGAUAAGCAAACACAGAACAAUAGCAAGACUCCUCAGUAUUAUUACAGCAACAAGUUUAAAAUUCCUUACAUGUUGCAACGUGACUUAUCUCGUGAGCUGGGAAGCUAAACAUCUACUUUUAUAGACUUUUGGUUUUUAUUUUGUUUCCUAUUUUCAGUGGUUUUCAAGAAGUUUCAAGAAUUCUGAUAUGAUUUCAAAGGAGGGUUUUUCCACUUUUACAGCAAAGGACAGCAACUGCACAUUUUCUUCGAUUUUUUUAAUAUCAUCUCACAAAGCAAGCAAGGUAAAUCACAGACUUAUCACAUUCACUGUGAAGACUAUCAAAUCAGAGUUAAUAGAUCACGUAAAAUACAGCCAAUCUCCAAACGUGCGACACAUUCAGUAGACACAUUUACACCCAUGUACACGUUUACAUUUAAUAUGCUUUGGAGCACACGCAUGCAUGGCUCACUCAGUGCAUUGAAAUGAUGAACGUUUUGCUGAGAGGAGUGCCUUUCGGCCCAAGGCUGCCUUUUAAAGCACACGAACUGUCCCUGGCAGCUGUUUUGUGUGACGUCAGGUUUUGGGAGGCUUUAUUUUCAAAGAACCUAGCGGUCUCCCACAACGAAGGUCAGAGCUGGGUUUUUGAAGUUGUUAUUUUCAGCAGUACAUUGAUGUCUGACUUGUGCAUGAAACGCCUGCAGUGUAAGUUAACAUACUAUGAUUAGGAGAGUGUUAAGUUUCAUGGUUUGCUGAAGACAAUGACAGAUAGCCUCUGGUGUGUGUCUCAGUAUGCGUCAUCAAUGCUAAAGUGACAUUCCCAGAGACUGAGAACUGAUUCCACACAAGUAGUGAAACACUAGCUGUAGAGCCAAAAUGAGAUUGCAUUUCUCCCAAGCUUUUUUUAAGUUGUACAAGAUGCACUGAAUUACUUUCAUUUACUUUGCUCUCACUUCCAUGCUUAAGUAUUCAACCUUGAUAGGUCUGUGACAUACAAUCAAAUAACAAUACAAAACUGCUUUUUUACAUUGUUUUAAUUACUUGUGUACAUGUGCUACAAAUAAGUGCUUAUUUGUAC